ACACGAUUGGUGUGUUAUUGGCUGCUGUUCAGUCUAGCGUUUACUCUCAGGACGAUCCUCUCCCUCCCUCAGCUGCGUGUAACCCGACCUGCAGGUGAACAGUUCAGCUUCUGCCUCCCUGCUCUUCCCUCUCACUCUCGGCGGCGGAUCAUCUCUUUCGGUUUUGGAGCAAACGCGUUUGGUGUCCAAAUGAGCGAAUUUCCGUGUAGGAUUUUUUUAAUUUUUAAUUUAUUUACUCGGGACGUGAUCUGUCGCCGUGUCUAGCGCACGUGAAGACGAUGGUGAGAGCAGACAGCGGUGUGGAGGUGAAGAAGUUCGUAAAUGUCGUCUGUUAUCAGAUCUGUGUAAUGCUGACAUGUGUGCACCCAGUGAGACAGUGACCUGAGAUCUCGCCUCAAGGGAAGACCAGGAUGCAUUCCAUUGCAUCACAGCUUUUAGGCAAGACCAGCGUUGGAGGGCACCAUUGUAACCCAGCUGCUGCAGUCCUGCUGCUGCUCCUGUGUCGUGGCUUCCUUCCCUCUGCGGCUGUUUGCCCACCCUGCUGCCUUUGCACCAGUGAUAUAAUUUCCUGCAGCGGCUGCAAUCUGUCCACACUGCCCUUUGAUUUACCAAGCUAUGCCACGCGGCUGGACCUCAGCCACAAUCUUCUCACUGCCCUGCCAACCAAUUGGAUCCCCCAACCGUUUGACCGACUCAUUACAUUGGUUAUCAACAGAAACUCGAUAAGCAAAAUUGAGGUGAAUGCUUUCAAUGUCACCCCACAUGUGCUGCACCUGGACCUCUCAUCCAACCAGAUGACAGCACUGAACCUGUCCCUUUUCACUGGGUUGAAGGAACUGAAAGAGCUGUUGCUCUUUGACAACCGCAUUGUCCAGAUCUACCCGGGGGCUUUCAGUGGUCUUCACAGCCUGCAAAAACUCUACCUCUCUGGGAAUAGACUGAAGGCUUUUCCCCUUGGACUUUAUUGGGAACCUGGAGGUCCUCACAACCUGACCUUUCUUGAUAUGUCCUACAACAGACUCUCUAAAGUACCUGUUCAGAGUUUGCUGUCUCUCACCCGCGAAGGUAGAGUUUAUUUGCAGGAAAACCCUUUGAUCUGUGACUGCGCUUUACUUGCCUUGCUUGAGUACUGGAUGUGGAAACAAUAUCGCCCCUUAGUGGACUUCAAAGCUGAAUACCCAUGUAGGGAUGACUCCAUAUCAGGACUGGUCUGCAGCCAACCGGACAUGUUGGACAUGCCCCUUGAGUUGCAGACUUACAAAGAGGAGCCUGGUAAAUGGCUCAGAGUACCAUGUCCAGGCCUGACUUCUUCAGCUGAAGAGGGGCAGGUGGUUUUCUGGGUUACACCAAAGGCUGUAGUCAAUUCAUCAACCAGUGAUCCGAGUGCUCACUUUAUCGUUCUCCCCAAUGGCACGCUGGAAAUCAGAGGAGCAGUCAUCGAGGAUUCUGGUACGUAUGGGUGUGUGGCAGCACGUCAGCGACACUAUGACCCCCUUGAGUCUGUGGAGGUUAAUGUGGUUGUCGGAAACUCGAGCACUGCCUCCGCCAGAGGCUUGACAAACCGCAGUGGGACAGAGCAUUUUAACACUGCAUUCACCACCCUUGUUUCCUGUUUUAUCAGCAUCGUAUUGGUGCUGCUUUACUUGUACCUCACCCCAUGUCGGUGCAGAGACAGCCGCGGUGGCACCAGAGGGUGCGGCGGACGAGCCUGGAUUCUCUGUUCAGACCCCAGAGAGGUGGAGUCAGGACACCGGCGGUCAAACGGAAAGAGGGUAGCAUUCUUAGAGCCUCAGGCAGAGGACUCAGAUAUUUGUGCUCCAAAAACACCAGCAAUGAACUUGGGUCAUGUUACUACUGAGGGAAUUCUCAAGAAUGGAAGUAGGACAGUGGGACAGACCCACACAGACCCUGCUCACAUGGCAUAGCAAGAAAUUGACCAUUUACACACUUGUAUAUUCUCAGUCUGUCUUUUUUUUUUUUUUCCUACAAUACCUUGCUUUAGUACACACUGAAAUUGGAAUCUAUUUGAUGCAAACUAGUGUACUGUAUGUCUUGUGAAGUGCUUUUGCACUGUAGUUGUGGUUUUUGUAGCAGGAAUGUAUAUAUAUAUGUAUAUGUGUAUGUAUAUAUAU